GAGGAGGAGGAGGAGGCGAGGAGAGCGACGAAACGAGAAGUAGAGAAAGGAGCGAGAGAGGGAAAGAGGACUGCUACUCCUGGGGCCCCCCACCAUGCGGCCUGCCGCCGCGACGCCAGUCCGUAGUCAGUCAGCGCUGGACCGCCGCCCGCUCGAUUUCGCGAUCCACGAACGACGGUGAUGCGUCGUUCUAACAUAUUACAAAACCGAUGGAAGAAGAGCAACGAAAAAGUUUGAAAAAGAGUGCGGCUAAAGCGGAACGCUAGUUGGUUUGACUUCUGGACUUCUUAUUGUUUCGCGCCUACGGAUUCGAAGAUGGCCGAAGAAGCUCGAGAAAGGUAUUACUACUACUACUACGCCUUCGACGAUUCUGUUAACUCGCUCGUGUCUCCUGCUACUAUCUAUUGCCACGAUUACGAUUACAAGACGACGAUGACGACGACGAUGACAACGACGACGAUGACGACGACGACGAUGAUUCUUCGCGGAAGAGUGUGAAGAAAAAAAGAAAUCAAUAGGUAUUAUCGUACUAUUACUGUCGGCUAACAGUAAUGUAAACGAUAGUACGUAAUACGUAUACACGUAUAUAUAUAUAUAUAUUAUAUAUAGAUAUAUAUAUAUGAUAUUAUUGCGCGGGAACGCAAAACGUGCCGGUAAUACAAAACAAAAAAAGGAAAAUAAAAGAAGAAGAGGAAGAAAAUAAAAGAGUGGAAAAAGUGCAAAGUGUUUAUCGUUUUAUAUCACCGAUAAGCGAGAUAAUAAUAAGUCGUCGUAUGGUGUCGCCACAAUAGCCAACGAUGAACAACGCGUGGUGGAGGAUGACGAUGAUAGGGAGGAAGACGACAAAUUCGACGACGAAAUCGACGACGAAAAUCGAAUCUCCGUCGACAACUAUGAGGUAGUGGUCGUCGGACACGUGCUGUGUGCCUGGGUGAACUGUAGUGCGCGCGGGAAGGAUCGAGAGAUAGAGAUAGAGAUAGAGAUAGAGAGAGAAAGAGAGAGAGAGAGAGAGAGAGAGUGAGAUAGAUAGAUAGAUAGAUAGAUAGAUAGAUAGAUAGAUAGAUAGAUAGAUAGAUAUAUAAAUAGAAAGAUAGAUAGAUAGAUAGAGAGAGAAAGAGAGAAAGAGAGAGAGAGAGAGAGAGGGAUAGAAAAAGAAAGAGAAAGAAAAAGUGGCAGACUGUCGCCUCUGGUUUCCCGCGUUUGUUCGUUUGCCACAAUUUUUCUCGGUGUGCGGGCGAAGCGUUCUUUUUUCGGGACCAAAUCGUCGGAGGCUAAGGAGAGAAGAGCUGGAGGCCACAGGGAUAAUCGAGCAACCCCGAAGGACGCAGAUGCCCCGAAGGAAACAGCACGCACCGCAACGAAUGAAAUGACUCUUCGUAAUAUUGUCGAAGGACGAAGUUGCUCCUCUUCAACGGCCAGUCUCAAGAGUGUCUCGUAUAACUAUAGUAAUUAUGUAUUUACUUGACGUCUUUGAGAAAGAGAGGGACGGGGAGUGGUUUCAUCCGACUUCGAUUCUAAAGGUAAGUAGUGGUCUCCGAUCGUUUGCAAAGCGAGCGGCCCGAAGCCGCCGCACCGGACGGAAGAUAUGCGAAGCAAGCAACAGCCGAGGCCUUCCUUCCGGUGGCCGCAGCAGCGCGGCGAUAAUCUAACCGGGGAGGACGGCGUCGAAGGCUCAGGGCCUGGCACGGACCUCCAGGGCGAAGAGGGCGAUUGCGUCGACGAGGAUGGCCCCGUCAGCCCUAGCGAGAGAGGUUGCGCACCUGCGGCCAAAGAAGACGAAGAUGGCGAGGCGAGCGACGAGGAGGAUGACGAGGAAGCAUCGCCUCCCACGCCACCACCCGCUUCUGCUUCCGCGAGAUUGAACCCUACCAUCUUGAGGGAUACCGGACCACCUGACAGGGAACAAAUGAGUCCACGCUGUCCCUCGAGAGAUUCUCGGGAAUCCUCCGGUCCGGCGACCGGAAGUCCCCCACCCUUAGCGACGAGGAGCAGCGCGAGUCCAGUUAGUCCGAGUAGUAUCGUGCCUCUACCCCUUGGGACUCAUCCUCUCCUUCCACCGCAUUCGGCGGCAAUGAUGGCAGCGUAUCUUCAACAGACACAUCAACGACUCCUCCUCGGACAUUCGCCUUUAUCGCGAGGCUCGGUAUCGCCGUUGGUAUCGUCCUCUUGUUCGCCACCAGCUGCGACUCCGGGUCUCUUGGUCUCGCCGAGCAGCGUCGGUGAGGUAUCACCCUCGGCAACCCCAUUGCCAGCCGUUCUGGACUUCAGCACGAGAAAAGCUUCUUCGACGGAAGAGGAGGAGGAAGAGCAUAUUCUGAACCUCAGUAAACCGCCAACGCCGUCCUCUUCGACGGAGACGAACAACGGUCCGUUGGAUCUGUCGGUACCUAGCAGAAAACGACCAGGUCCCGAGGAUUCCUCGCCCCCACCACCGCGUAAAUCCUCGAGAUUGGCCGGUACCGCUCCCACGAGUCAUCAAGAUGCAACGGCAGCCAGCUCACCGUCCACGUUCGGUAGGCCACCGGUAGUGUCACCGUGGACGUCGCCGGUCGUGGCCUCGCACUUUCCGUACUUUGCCGCAGCCGUAGCGGCGGCGGCUACUAGUCAGCAACAAUUGUCCCCGAAAAGUACUGGCGGUGUGGUAGAUCAUCAUCAGCUUUGGAACGGCAAAAUGAAGCCACCAGCCGCGCUCGAGAAAUCGUAUCAGCCUAGCGAAGCGACGAAGGCCCUGGAAAAGAUGAGCGAGCUGAGCAAACUAGGUGGCGAGGAUCUUUUCAGGUCGUCCUCCUGCAGCGGCAGCAGCGGUGGCACGUCCGUAGGCAGCACGCCGUCCACGACGUCGAGUAGUCGUCACAGUGCUUGGCAAUCUCAUUGGCUGAACAAAGGAGCGGAUCAGGCCAAAGAUGUUCUCAAAUGCGUAUGGUGCAAACAAAGCUUCCCGACGCUUGCCGCUAUGACAACGCACAUGAAGGAAGCGAAGCAUUGCGGCGUUAAUAUGCCCGUACCACCUCCAGCCGCAGCUUUGCAUCCCCAACAAACGACGAUGCCAACGAUACCGCCGCCGCAACAAUCGCACCAGCCGCAAACUUCGACAAGCAACGCCGGUAGCAACAACUCCGCCGCUCCAAGUAACAAACAAAGUCCAUCGGAGUUGAACCUUCUCAUAAAGGAAACCAUGCCAUUGCCGAGAAAGCUGGUCAGAGGUCAAGACGUUUGGCUGGGGAAAGGUGCUGAACAAACCAGGCAGAUUCUCAAGUGUAUGUGGUGCGGCCAGAGCUUCCGUUCCCUCGCAGAGAUGACCUCGCACAUGCAGCAAACGCAGCAUUAUACCAACAUUAUCUCCCAAGAGCAAAUCAUCUCUUGGAAGUCUUCCGACGAGAGCAAAGGCGGUGGUGGUGGCAGCGGUAGCAGCGGAGGUGGAGUCGGAAGCGGAGGAAAUACGGGUGGAGUACCGCCCGGUGCCGGAACCGGUCCACACGGAGGUAACGCCGGUGGUGGUCCCGGGGCCGGAGCAACCAGCAGUCACGUCAGCGCCGUACUAACUUGCAAAGUUUGCGAUCAGGCCUUUAGUUCUUUGAAGGAGUUGAGCAAUCAUAUGGUCAAGAAUUCGCACUAUAAAGAGCACAUUAUGCGCUCGAUCACCGAGAGCGGCGGUCGCCGGAGACAAACGCGCGAGAAGCGGAAAAAAUCAUUGCCGGUGAGGAAGCUAUUGGAGUUGGAACGCGCGCAAAACGAGUUUAAGAACGGCGACGCUGCGACCGGUCUGAGUCACAGCCUUGGAAAGCACGCCGGUAGGAUCACCUGCGAGAAAUGCGGCGAGAAGAUCGAGACAACCAUUUUCGUCGAGCAUAUACGUCAGUGCAUAGGAGCCGGAACGGUCGGCGUGAAUCAACGAAAUUUCUUGAAGAACGCACUCAUGUCGAAUCAUCUGCCAGCGACUUUGCCGCCGAGCGAAAGCGGCCGUAAAAGCGUGAACGAGGAUGCCUCGUCGGUAUCGUCGAGGCACCACCGAUCGCCUUCUUCGGCUAGCGACGCUACCACGCCAGGUAAGGACACUCCAACGCCGACAGCGAACGAAACAACCGGCACGUCCUCACCUUCCGUCUUGAACGCCAUCGAGAAGCUGAUCGAGAAGAGCUUCGAUUCUCGUGUGAGACACGGCACGGCAGGUUUGCAUCACGCUCAACCGGGCGCACCUAUGGGCACCAGCAUUCUGAAGAGAUUGGGCAUAGACGAGAGCGUUGAUUAUACGAAGCCUCUAGUGGAUCCGCAAACGAUGAAUCUUCUUCGAUCUUAUCAGCAACAGCAGCAACAGCACUAUAAUGCGAGCGCAGCCGCGAGGAGAGAGCGAAGCGGCAGCGAGUCCAGUUCCAUAUCCGAGAGAGGAAGCGGUAGGACGGACACGAUGACGCCGGAAAGACGUAUGGAUCUCACAACUGUUGGCCACGAGAGGCAUUCUAGCGCCCAUUCUCAUCACCAUCGUGUCACUCCGGAUAAACAAGCCACGACGCCAUUACCGGCCCGUCAUCAUCUCGGUACGGAAGAGUCCGGCGACGAGGAGCCUAGCUCGGUGGUUGUUAAGAAGGAACCCAGGGACGAAGAAACGGACGAAAGAGGAACGACCGAGGAAGAACAACAAGCGCAAUCGUCGAGAGAGGUAUUCGUUAAGAAGGAAGUCGUGGACGAUUGUAGAGAGGAGGAAGAACAAGGUUCGUAUAAUCAUCGGCGAAGCAGUCUUCACGAGACGACCGAAGAAGGUAGAGAAGUUCCGUCGCCUCGCAUGAAUCCACCAACGCCUAGAUCGACCAGCCAAGUCGAGCAAGUGGCUCGUAGUCCUUGCAGAAACAGUACAAGCAGUCCUACUAGCAGCGAUAGAUCGGUCACCCCCAGAGGAACGCCAGACACGAAAGCUUCCAGCAGCCUCGGUGCGCUCUCUUCCAUGUUCGAUAGUCUAUCCGGUGGCGGUGGAGGAGGUACUGGUAAUACCGUUGACUCGCAAGGACGAAAGACGAGCAGUCAUCCGCUCGCGGCUCUACAGAAACUCUGUGACAAGACCGAAACACGCGGUCCCAGUGGCAGCGGCGCGUCCAGGUCUACUUCUGGUUCCGGUAGUACGAUCGCACCUGGAAGCGGUAGUGCGGUAGGUGCCAGUGGACCAGGAACUGGACCCACACCAGGAGCGAUUUUAGCCUUCAGUUGGGCCUGUAACGACGCCGUUGUCACGGCAGACUCGAUCAUGAAGUGCGCCUUCUGCGACACACCGUUCAUCUCCAAAGGGGCCUAUAGGCAUCAUCUUUCGAAGAUGCACUUCGUGAAGGACGGGGUCAUCCCAGAUCCAUUGACAAUCGGAAGAUCGGCAGCAGCGGCCGCGGCAGCCGCAGCCGCUGCGGCAUCGCAAGCGACUUCCGGUGGCCCGAGUCACAGUUCCUCGUCUCCACCUACGUCCCAACGCAACAAGUCGCCGCCUCUUCCGCAAGCGAACGGCAGCCCAUCCCAGUCCGCGGCCUCUCCGCUCGAGGAGAGCCCACACUCCAAGUUUCUCAAGUAUACGGAGCUGGCCAAACAGUUGUCCAGCAAAUACGUAUAGUCCGAGCUCCGUAAGUAGCGGUGCCACUUGUACAUAAGUGUAUCUAUACUGUAACGACUGUAACUAGCGAUGUGGUUGGAAAUUUCGCCGCGCGGACGUCCUGCGCCAAUGGCAUUUUACUUCGCUUUCAAAUUUAUGUUCAAAGAGCGCCAGAUCGAUAGUGGGAAAGUAGCGAUUCGAUCGAUACCGUUCGCGAUAAGACGAAUCGGGAAAAAAGCUCGUUAAUCUUAAACCCAAUAGAGUUUUUACAAUUUCACAUAUUGAUCUUAAUCGUUCGAUGAUAUUACAAAUUAUAUUAACUUUCCUCGUCGGAGAAUUCAAAACUAGUACUUCUUAAAAGUCCAAGAUCGAUAUCAGCUACUUAGAUUUGUCAGGGAAGGAAGGAAGAAGGAUAGGAAGGCAGGAAUGAAGAAAAAAAAAGAAAAAAAAGAAAAAAAAAGAAAAAAAAGAAAAAAGAAGAGAAGAGUAGAAGAAAUACGAAGAGAGGUGCCAUGCAUCUCCAGCUCGAUCGUGAAUGGCUCUCGUUAUCGAACGCGGUAUUUGUCGCUCGGAAUAUGGUGCUCUUUUAACAUAGAAUUGUUAGUUCACGGGGAAGAUGUCGAUUUCGACGACAAGAACGGCAGGCUUCGUUCGGACGUCGUUGGAGGAAAGUUUAACAGGCGACGCGGAUAUCUAUCCUUUUCUAAUUAUUCGGCGAUCGUUUUGGGCCAUCAUCGAGGACAAAAAUCUUGUCAUUCCUGGGGCUAUCGGCACGAUCGAUCGUGCUUGGCCCUUCAUCGAGAAAUCUCCGCACGGAAUGUGAUGGAGUGUUUCGAGUUCCGUUUCGCGAUAGAAGCCCUACCGUUACAAACGCAUUAAUUCUUCCAUUACAUUCGUUAUUACCUUUUCGAAACGCGAGAAACGUCAGUGGUACGCAUCCUGCAAAACGAUCUACAUAUUUCUCUUCCUUUUUUCUUCUUCUUCUUUUUUUUUUUGAUUCUCUCAAACGUGAUCAAAGUUAUAGAAAUAUUUUCAAUUCGACAUAUAUGUACGUAAAUUAAAUAGAAAAAUGGCGUUUGAAUAUUAAAUUCGAUGUAAAUGAUCAAGGACGAUACCACUAAGACUUUCUCUGGCGUACGUUCAACGAUUCUUCUUAUCAUUUUUUUUUUCGUUCUUUUUUCUUUUUCGUUCUUUUUUCUCUCUCUUUUUUUCUCUUCUCUUUUCUUUUCUUUUCAAUUUCGCUCAUCUUCCUUCUCGAAGUCUUUAGCGCAAACGAAGAAGAAGAAGAAGAAGAAAAAGAAGAAUAAGAAGACGAAGAAGAAGACGAAGAAGAAGAGGAAGAAGAAGAAGAAAAAGAAGAAGAAGAUGAUGAUGAUGAUGAUGAUGAUGAUGAUGAAGGAGACGGAAAAAAGCAAAAAAAAAUGAAAAAACGAAAGAAACUCGACACUGUAUCCGUUACCGUCAAUAAUAAUUUUCUUUUCUUUUCUUGUUCUUUUCUUCCUUUUUUCGUUUCGUUUAUUUUUUCUGUUCUUUCUUUUUUUCUUGUUUCCUUUCUUUUUACUUAGGGAAUGUUAGAGAGGGUGUGACGAUGAAGUGGGUGUUGAACGAGCGUUAAUUAAAUUGUGAUGCCACCAUAUCUCGCGGCACUGCUGAGUCACGGGGCUCGGCACGCGGCCAAGUUUGUGAUUUUAUAAAUACUUAAGGACAUUUACGACGAGAGAGACAAGAGAGAGAGAGAGAGAGAGAGAGAGAGAGAGAGAGAGAGAGAGAGAGAGAGAAAGAUAGAGACAGGAGAAACGUUACUAGGAUAUCGGAUUUAGAUGCGAGUGAGCGUAUAAGAGAGAAAAAGAUGGAAAAGCUUACCUAUCACCUGUCGUAAGGUCGUCAGCAUGUAUACCUCUAGAAUAUAAGACCGUAGUUCAUUAGCGUUUAGG